GUGUGCUGAUGUUCUAUGUUAAUCCCCGAAUUGUAAAUCAUACCACAUAUUCGAUAUAUGUAGUCGAUUAUUCGCUCGUUAAUACUUGUGAGUUGUGAAUUGUGAUACGUUGUUCGCAGGAAGUCUUCUGCUAUUGAAGUGGGAUAGUAAUGGAGAGCCUUGAAGAGAUGGGAAAGAAAGCAUACCAGAAACAAGUUUUUGAAUUGUAUCGUGAAGCCAUAGAUAUCUAUUCUGUGGCUAUAAAGAAACAUGGGGAAGAUAAACGGUUUUUAAAUAACAGAUGCAUGUGCUACAUCAAACUUAAGGACUAUACGAAUGCAAUGAAGGAUGCUGAUAAAUUAGUUAAAUAUCAUCCCAAAUACAAAAAGUCGUUUUAUCGCCAAGGUGAAAUUAUGAAAUUGUUGAAGCGGUACCCGUUAGCAGAGAAAGCAUUUCUUGAGGUUUUAAAACUAGACCCUUCUUGUGAAGAGGCUCGUCAACAGUUACUGGAAACACAAAUUUUAGAGAUAUGUUCAAACCAUCCAUUUACGGAGCUUCAGGCUGCUGAUGCACUUAAUGCAACAGGGACAGUUGAGGAUGCUGUAGCAUUGCUGAAGUUAGGGGAAUUUGAUAUUUCCUGCUACGACACUGACUUACAGGAUGAUGAUGUGUACCACUCUGAUGAUGAAACUCCAGUGUCCACUGUCACCGAGAAUAAGGCAUAUGAUCCACUGACAGACCCUUCUAAUCCAUUCGGGAGCUGUACAAUAUGGAUUGGCAACAUAACUGCAGCAGUAACUGAAAAGAUGCUAAAGGAAUUAUUUUCUAAGUAUGGAACUAUACUCAGUGUCCACGUGUACCCAGAAAGAACUUGUGCGUUUAUUAACUACAAAGACAGCAGUUCUCCUGGGAAAGCUAUGAAGGCUAUGCAGGGGCGUACAAUUGCUGGAAAGGAAAUACUUAUAAAAUUUCCAGACAGGGUAGCCAAUAAUGCAGCAGAAGCAGCCACUCACAAGAAGAAACGUUAAUUAAGUUCUCCAAGUUCUGUGAAUACAAACAUUGUAAGUCAAUGUUGUGAACUGUACUGUAGGGAGAUUGAAACUUUCUUGAUAUGUCAACAGAUCCUGUUUUGGAGAAGUAACAUAAUUGAGUGUUAAUCUCCUUAUUUGAGGACAGUAAUGGAGAUAACAGUGAAGUGGGUAAUGUACUUGAAAUGGGACCAAGACAACUCAGAUUUGAGGUGUGAAGUGACAAUGUCCCAUGUUGCAGGAGAUUGUAAUAUAUAUGGAUUGUUGAAUUUUUUUUCGUGGAAUAAGUAUAUUACAAAGCUGUAAAAAUCAAUCUCAGGACACCAGUCUCCACUUAUGAAGGCUGGGGAAGGAAGUGUCAUUCUGAUGGAUACUGGACUGCAUGAGACUACAUGGAAAGGAAUUAGCAGAUACAGCUGUGAAGGUGUGUAGCGAUAAUCAGGUUGUUCAUUGUGCCAUCUGUUUCCAUACUAUCACAUCACUCUUGAGAUACAAAGGCAAGUGUAGAUGGAAAGAAGAAGGGCUGGAAGUGACAGACAGUAAAUUGUGACCAGUAAAGUCAGUAAAAGUGGCUAUGGCAUACCUCCUUCCAGCCACAAAGAGAUGUGACUCUUCUCACUCAUCUACACAUUCAUAGAAACAUUGUUCAGACCUAAAUUAUCUACUACUGACAAAAGUCUGAAUGUCUGCUGUUUUAAUUAGUUCAUUAAAGAAAUAUCCUUAUUAAUUUUUCCUGCCUAAAUUUUUUACUAUGUUCUGAAAAGUUCUUGUUGCUGAAUGAACUUUGUUUUCCUUGAAAAUACAUACAUUUUGAUUCUCAGAUGACUUUUCUUAGAAUUUUACAGUGCAUUUUGUAAUGUAAUUUAAGACACCUCCCCCCUAGUUUUGCAUGGUAUUUGGAUUCCAUUUAUAACCCUCUAUUUGCACAUGUUAAUAUUUUAGGACAACAGCUUUCAAAGUGAAAGAUUAUGUUAUAUUUUUCAAUUAAUACUGAAGAUAUUGUGUUCAUUUUUAAUUUGUUUUACAAGCUCUGUUUCAGCCCCGAGGACCAUGCAAUGGCAUACAGCCACUGUGUCAUCCUUUGCUAUUGGUGUCAUUUGGAUGCAAUACGGAGGAGCAUGGGCUCCAGCCCACUGCCCCCCCCCCUUCCCCACUGUUGUCAUUUUUUCCAAACCUUGGAGGCACUAUUUCUCUUUCAAGUUGGCACCACAAGGAUGAAUUCGCCCCAUCCCAUUCCUCUCACCAAGAAAAAAAUUCUGGCAUGUCCUCUGCAUGUCAGUAAGUCAUUCUGGCCACUCAGCUAUAACAGAUGCAGACAUGUUUUAUUUGUUACUCUUGUAGUUUUCCAAUUCUUUUUAUUUAUAUCAUGUGCCCACAUAUAAAAUGUUAGAUUAUACGAAAUAGCAAGGGAUUGAAAAACAGAUGUAGAAUAUGUAUGUUCAAAAAAUUAAAAUUAAAAUCUUCAUUUAAUUUUGCCUUAUAAUGAUUAGAAAUUUAAUAAUGCAUUCAAGUUGUUUCAUAAAUAAAUCAAAAUUGCCAGAUAGAUCCCUGUCUGUUGACUGUUACUAUCAAUUAUUCCUGAAUUUCUUCUUCCUCAGCAAGCUACAGAAUGCUGAUAAGUGCAAAAUCUCAGUAAAUUGCAUUUGGUGACACUAAAAUAAGUGGACAGCUUAAGAGACCUAGAUAUUCAGUUAUAAAAUUUUUGAGUCCUUGUUUCUAAUAUUAUGUUUGUUUUUAUACUAUGUAAUUUAUAUUAUGUGUAACGAUUUACAGUAUAUAAGAGUGUAAAAGGAUUAUGCAAACCAUGAAAAUAAUAAUAA